AUGUAUCGGUAUGGUAUAAAAGCCCAAUCCAUUCACUCCAACCUCAUACUCAUCCAGUUACAACACCGGCAGCUGGCCUGUCUUCUCACCAUGCGUUCGAUUGUAAUCAUCGCUGUAAUCUGCGCUCUGUCAUCCGCUCAUCAUCUGGAUUCGAAGAAAUUCGGAAAGGGAUUCGAGGAUCUCCUGGACCAGAACAAGUUCGAGAACAUACUGAAAGGAGGCAAGAUCGACGAUCUCCUUGGAAACUUGAAGAAUGUCGGCGAUAGAACCAAGAACUCGCUCAAGUUUGCCUCCAACCUCCACAAGCAGCUGAAUAGCACUGAAAAGAAACCCUUGAACGAAUUCUUCCAAUUCAUCAUCAAGUAAGUCCUCUAUAUAGCUGCUAUAUUGUCUCAUCUAGACACAAGAAGGAAUAUGACAAUGAAACCGCAACCUCGGAGCGCUUCCAAAACUUCCGUGAAUCCAAAAGACGUGCUGAACAGCACCAAAAACUAGAUCCCAGCGCCACUUAUGGGACCAACAAGUUCUCCGACCUGACCAAGGAAGAGUUCAUUGCCCAAAAGACUGGUAUCAAGGGCAUUGAGCAUGUACAGCGUCUCCAUUCCACAGCCAAACCUGCUAACCACUCCCGCGUUAAGCGUGACACCCCUCCUUCAGCUUUUGACUGGAGAGAUUGGGGUAUCAUUUCAUCCAUCAAAGACCAAGGAAACUGUGGAUGUUGUUACGCCUUCGCUGCGGUCGGCGCCGUCGAAGCUAAUCACAAGCUUUACACGGGAGAUGAUGAGCUGGAUCUGAGUGAACAGCAAAUGGUUUCCUGUACUUACCAGAACCCCAACUACGGUAACAAUAAUGGAUGUAAUGGCGGACAGUCAGAUAAGGUCAUGAACUACAUCAGAGACAAGGGAAUUACUUCCGAAGCCAGCUACCCCUACACCUCUGGAUCCAGUGGGAAAAUUCCUAGCUGCAAAUCCAAGAGCCCCGUUAUCUACAUCUCUGACGAAGAAACCCUUCCAUCUGGGGAUGAAGACGCCAUGGCCGACUACAUCUACAAUGUUGGUCCCAUUGUUACGUGUAGGUGUAAUCCCACUAUUAUCAGCUCUUUUUCUAGACCUUGAUGCUCACCAGAUCAUGGAUUAUACCGGUGGCAUCAUUGACGCUCCAGAGCCAUCUGGCGGUUGGGUCAUUACCCACGCUGUCGUGACUGUUGGCUACGGUAACGAGGGUGGAAAGGACUUCUGGGUGAUGAAGAACCAAUGGGGAGAGGACUACGGAGAAGCUGGAUACUUCAGAGUUCGUCGCGGCGUCAACAGCCUGCGGAUCGCUGACUUCAACUACGUUCCAAUUAUUUAA